UGCAUCCGUGGUUUUAUUCUCUGCGCGAAGUGGUUACCAGUAAUAUUACAUGUGUUAUGCAAGUUCCCUUCCAGAGUUGCUGCAGUCAAGAGAGAAAUGGAAGACUUUGAGGAUUUGAAGGCUAACUGUAGUCUGGAUUCCUGUGCACUACCACCAAUGCCGCCAUUGAUGAAGUCGGAGAGGAAGAAGCUCGACCAAACUUCUAGAGAGCAUGGUCCAUCGUCCGUCCCACCGUCUUCGGGGUCAAACAUUGGCGAAGCAAACUCAAAGAAAGCGUCGUGUAUGAGAUCCGCUCCACUGGAAAACAGAAAAGACACGAGUAAUAUACCCCCUGAGUAUACUGGUAUCAUAAUUCCUGUAUCUCCUCCGCCAUUGAUAAAAUGGACGAGGAACACAAUUUCUUCAGCCAGUAUUUCUAAUCGUCAGCCAGCUUUGGAACAGACAUUUCGAACCGCCGACAAAAGCGAAAGGGAUGAAACAGCGUGUAGUACAUUGUCUGAAAUGGAAGACGUGGUGAACUGGACUUCACCGUUCAGCGCGUAUAAGAAAUGUGCAUCGCCUGUGAAGCCGCCUCUUCAAUUUCAAAUUGACGUCUUCACUCCAGCCACAGCCCCAUAUACUGGAGUUUCUGCUGGAAGGACACCUGAAACAUGGGAACAACCUGAUGCGCUUAGCAUGCCAGUCGAACGCAGGCGUCUUAUCGGACAACAUUCUGACUCUUCUAAGGUUAUGGCUCAGAAUCAGGAUACGUACAGGCGUUCUAAGUGUAAGACAUUACAGAGGUGUCAGUUUUGCCAAAAAGAGUUCAAGGACGCUUCUCACCUCCGCGAGCAUGAACGUGUUCAUACUGGAGAUCGACCAUUCAAGUGUGAUUUAUGCGAGAAGUCUUUCACUUGCUCAAGUAGCCUCUGUGUUCAUAAACGCACUCAUACUGGAGAUCGACCAUUCAAGUGUGAUGUAUGCGGGAAGUCUUUCUCUCGGUCAAACACUCUGUGUGUUCAUAAACGUACGCAUACUGGAGAUCAACCAUUUAAGUGUGAUGUAUGCGGGAAGUCUUUCACUCGGUCCUGGAGUCUAUGUGUUCAUAAACGUACUCAUACUGGAGAGAGACCGCACAAGUGUAAGACAUGUGGCACAUCGUUCACACAAUCGUCCCAUUUACGCGCACAUGAACGUAUCCAUUCUGCAUAAAGGCCUUUUACAUUCAAGAUAUGUGUAAGGUCAUUGAG